UACACGUGUAUUUCGUUCAUAUAAAAUGUUUCAUUGUUCGAUUUUAUUGAUUUUGUAAAUACACCGGUUUUGAUUCAUUCAAAUCAAAUUAAUUUCACUGGCAUUACAUGUUUUCCGUUCGACGGAGAAUUAGAAUUUAUUGUGUGUGACCUAUUAAUUAUAUAUUGUGCGAAUCGAACAAUUAAAAUAUGCCAGGCGUAAUAUUUUUAAUUGUUGUGCCAACGGCAAAUUUCGAACAAGAGCUUCUCAAUGAGAUGCCGACUUCCAUUGUGAGCAAUCCAAAUCACACAAUCGGUGGCGGCGUCAGUGGUGGUAAUAAUUUGAAUAUCAAUUUGCCUGAUAAUAAUGCUGUAUUGCGGCUUGAAGUUGAAUUGCGUGAUAAAAAUCGACGUCGACCAAAUUACCGUAACAAAGGAUAUGGAGGUGCUGCAGAUGCUCGAUAUCGCGUAUCACCUGUGAGCGGUGGUGCGCUUCAAAAACCACCAAAUCCAAACAGUUUUUUUAUUCCAAUGGAAAAAGUUCUAGAGGAGUUACUAAUGAAACUAGAGAUCGACCAUGUAACUUGGAGCAGUGACAAAAAAGGAUAUUACUACACUAUUAUAUUUCCGCUGCAAUCUGGUGAACCGUGUGAAACAACGUUACAUUGUUUAACAGAGCUUGGAAUCGGUUUGAAAUCCGGUUCAAGCGUAAGUGUGAUUCCAUGCACUGUGUCGUACGAUGCAAUUAAGGAGCAUAUUUUUGAAGAAGAGCCAUGUGAUUUCGAGGCAAAUUCCAAAUGGAAUGAAUUUGUGGAAUCCAUCAAGUCAAAAUUGACGGUAAAACAAGUGGUGGACGGUGUUCGUUCGGGCGGCACACUUUCCUUUGAUUAUCUCGCACUAAUUGUCACAGCUGAUGCAUUGGCCGGAUUGGGUCUCAUUGAAAACAAUUCGCCGAAUAUAACGGCUGCGAUGUUGGUGUCUCCAUUGAUGGGUCCUGUGAUGUCAGUUACCUUCGGAUUGAUCAUCUCAGAUUAUAAACUUGUGAAAAGUGGUUUCAUUGCUUUGGGCGCAGGAAUGUUGAUUUCAUUAAUAUUUGGAUUUAUAUUUGGCCUUAUUGUCGGAACCACAGAGCAGCCAUGGGGUUUCAAUGACUGGCCCACCGAAGAGAUGAAAGGACGUGGAAAUGCUCGUUCAUUAUGGAUGGGGGUCGCUUGGGCAUUGACAUCCGGAUCAGGUGUCGCUUUGGCACUUUUGCUCGGCGCAAAUGGUCCGCUAAUCGGAGUCGCUAUUUCAGCAUCACUUUUGCCACCGGUCGUCAAUUGUGGACUGUACUGGGCAUUGGCUUGCAUUUGGAUGAUCUAUCCAAAUGUGAAAAUACCUCACAUAAAAGGCGAACCAUUUACCGGAAAUUCGUCAUACGUGCCGAUUUAUACAAAUUAUAUACCAACGGAAUUUUUGAUUUGUGGCGUCGUGUCAGGUUUGCUAACAGUGGUCAAUAUCCUGUGUAUCUUUCUAACUGCUGUCAUUAUGUUAAAAAUCAAAGAAGUGGCCGCACCAUACACAUCCAGCCCGGAUCUGAGACGGUUUUGGGAGACGGACAUCAAAACGGUACGACGAUCGAAUCGUUCAACAAUACGGCGCAAACAUGGAAACGAUACGGGUGGAAAUAAAUCAACAUUGGAUAAUAUUCUGGAAGAUGACCCAAAAAAUGGUACAAGUCUUGGAACUGCAUUGAAACAAGCAAUCAAAGAAGCUGUUGAUGAUGAAACUUUCCGUAAAGUAAAACGCAUGAGCUAUUCGGCAAAUGCUGCAGAUGAAAUAACUCAGCGUUUGGGACUAUCGACGGCUGCCACCGGCGGCAUAGGCGCCAAUAGCAUUGGCAAUGCACCAUCGACAAGUGCAAUACGAAAUUCAAAAAUGAAUGCCGAUUUGAAUGUUUUAGAUCAAUUGGUAUCGUCGUUACUUGAACGGCAAAAGCAAUCAUCACCACCUGCGUCGAACAAUCGAGAUUCAACAAAGUUAAGUCGCUUGAAGUCAUUGUCAUUCCGAAAUCGACGUUCAUCGAACAAAGGACCAACAACGGCAGCUAAUGAAUUGAAUUUGUUUUCGAGCAGCAAUGGAAGCAAUAAUGGCUUCAGUCAAGCAUCCAUGCCAACCAUUUUGGAGAGCAGCAGUAUUAGCACAGUGCAACCGCAACCACAACAGUCGUCAUCAUUGACAAUGAAUUCAUCAAGUUUAGAUCGACGACAUCAUGGAUCAUCAGGUGUACGACAAAUUAUAAAUAGCAUAAAAAAUGCACCGCAUCGCUUAAGCCAUGGCAUUUCAGUUGAUCAUCAUCGGUUGAACAAUGAUGAGGAAAACAGCAAUUUAACACGAAAUAUGCUCGACUAACAACAAUAUCGUUUAAGAGCGCUUUGUUUGACGCUUAUUUCAUACAGAUUUAUGAUGGCAUUCUGAUUUUAAUCAGCACACACUUUGUGCAAUUUGGAAAUAGUUAUAAUAAUUGACAGUAAAAAAAAAUAUGUAAUGCUUGUAGAUAUAUAGUUGAAUAUUUUUCAAGUGGAAUUUGUUUAGCUUGGAUUUUAUCGAGAUUUUAUGAUUUUCUCUCGAUUUAUUAAUAGUAAUGGAACAGCUUUUUUUAUGGGAGAGCAAAGCUUCCGCCAUAUUUU